AUGAAAAUAUUAAAAUUAAAAUUAAAAAAAAAAUAAAAUUCGUCAAAAAGUUAAUUACUAUCCAAAAUAAUGGUAAAAGAAGAACUUUCUCUUAAACGGACUUUUAUUACACAUACCCGAAGGCAAAUCGUACGCAGAUUUACAAGAUCUAUUCCAAAUUUGAGGAUUUUACCCAGAGGCUGGCAUAAAAAAAUAUUUAACAAAGCAACUAGUAAAUUGAGAAAAAUUCAUAUGAUUUGGAAAAAUAAAAGAUACAAAAUCUCACAAGAUUUAAAACGCAAAAAACAAAUAGAACUGCAAAUACUCGCCGAGUACCUUUUUAAAGACAAAAAAUGCAGCUAUGAAUGUAAUACACGUAGUUUCUUUUUGAAUGAACGGUUGAAUUCAUUAGAAAAGUAUUUGAAAAUGACAUUUAUGCGCACUUUAAAUGAAAAAUAUGUUUAUGGUGUCAAAGUGGUAAAAUUCGACCGAAAAGGAUAUAAACGAAGAACUAGAUUGUUGAUAUUGACAAACAAAUCUUUCUGUUUAAACCAAAUUCUUAAAAAUAAAUUAAAACCCAAAGAAAAAAUACCGUUGGAUUAUAUAAAAAAAUUAGAAGUCACUUCGGGAAUGGAUAACUUUCUACUCAUCAAAAUUUCAUCUCUAUUUAAACACAAUAAGGGUGAUAUAAUUCUUGAAGUGCCAUAUUUGAUAGAAUUUGUGACUAAAUUUAUUAAUAUAUCGGGAAACUAUAAAUUAUUAAAUAUAAACAAACUAGGUGUCAAUAAAAAGUUAUUGCACGACAUAAAAGGUUCCAAGAGUGGCGUUAUAGAAUUAAAAGAAUGCCAUUCCACUCCCAGUAUUACUAAAGAUAAACAUAAGAAUUUGAUCGUUUGUGGAUAAAAUAUUUAAUAACAUUAGAUAUAAUUAAUUUGAAUUUAAUACUGUAUCAUA